GUCUUUUUUGUCGCCACUUUGCAAAAGUUAUGAUGAUGUCUCAAAUUGCGGCUUUUCAUAUUCUUAUGAUUUCACAAUAUUGGUAUUCUGAUGAAUAUUAUUUAAAAGUGGAUGAAUCGUUAAGAUCUCAACCAGCAAUUACUUACAAAAAUGAAAGUGCUAUUUUAACAUCCAAUUUUAUAUUUAAUUUGGAUCCUAUAGAUUCAAAUUCUAAUGUCUCAUUUAGUGUAUCAAAGACACUUAAUACUUAUCGUGCCUAUGGAAUUACAAAUAGCCUUUGUAAAAAGGCCAUAAACGUUAGAUUAGAUGCUAGACCUCUUGCUAUAGAGACACUUAAUGAGUUUUUAAAAAAUUUUAUUCGACAAUAUUUCAUGGAUUCUAAUCAGCAAUCAUUUAUCAACACUGUUUCAAAUAUUGUUUCAAAAAAAAUAAUGAAUCAAGCGAUCUGA